AUGUAUACUAAGUGGUGUAGUGCUCUUGCGACAUCUGUUCCGACGAUGUAUAAUUGCACAUGGAUAAAUAAGGUGAUUUGGAAAGGGCGAUUCUCCCUGAUCAACGAUGCUGCUAUGAUGGAGAGCGGCAACACAAUGACGAACUGUCCUGAGCAAAGAGAAAAUAACACGCUCAUUCGUUUCGGAAAUUGUGCUGAGACAUACCCAUUCGUUCAUAUAUCCCAGCACGGCGGAAAUCCCGCUGCAGUUCAUGGAAUUGCGCUUCAACGCCAAGGAGUUCUUCCCGCAUAUUACGAGGAUAACUUGUCCGGCAGUGUUUGGCAAAAUGUACGACCACUCUGUGCUAAUUGUCGAGAGCUGACUGAGAUGCGGCUUGGAUGUGUCGCCAAUUUUGAUCCAUUGGCUGAUGCGAACGGCGCGCCACCUUGA